UUACUACUCAAGCAUGCUAGUACAUUCACCCUGUGAAAGGGAUGUACCAGGCUGGAAGUCAGAAAUUGACAUCUGGGCGAACUGUGUUAACAUUCUUCUUGGCUUGCUAGAGGAAACGCUGAAUAACGAAAACUCUCCUCAGUACCGACAACGAAAACGUAGUAACUCAGAUCGAAAGGUUUACAAUGCUUCACAUUCAUAUCAAAUCGGAAGUGGUGUAAGCACCCCGAAACGAAAAAGAAGUUUUUCGGAUGAAGCAAGAGAACGCAAAAUGCAGAAGAUCUCACUCAGCCUUGCUAAUGACAUUGCUCGUAGCUUGUCAGUGGCUGACGGGCUUAGUGAUUCGAAGGUGGCUAAGCGACGAACAAGCACCAUGGUUGACGAUACAGAAAUGUUCGUUGACGACGAUACCAACACCAAAGACUCUACUUCAUCCGAUACCCUUAAAAAGUCUUCAUUUAUUCAUCCUAGAAACCACCUGGGUCUGGUACACCAAGCUGAGGCACCAGCACCACCUGUAAUGCGGUCUAUAACAGAAUUGCUUUCAACACAGUCACUACUCGUUCAUAGUGAUACGAUGCAGAUGGAACAUUGGAUGAUGUCACAAGCACUAAGUCGAGGGAUGACACUUCCACAAUUCGAGAUGGAACUACGCUUAAAAGAGCAACAACUACAAGCCGCUUUACUUGGAUUGUCACAAAGUCAUGACUUACGUGAUGGGCGUGGUAAAGAAUAUGCGCAUAUGAAAACCCAUUUGGAAGCAAUAUCCAUGGUUAUUAAAUGGAUUGAACAUGAUCACCAAUGGCCCAUCGAACAACUUUUCAGUGGAUGGAAGUAUUUCAAGAGUCAUGUUGAAAAAGUGGCUUCGUAUGUCAAUAUGGUGGAGGAUAUGUCACAUCUAACCACGACACCGUUCGAACGAAGUGAUGAUUUGUUGACUGAUAUUCGAAGAUUGCAAAUUCAACUGGACGAGAAAACUCGAUUUUACGAUGAUCAUUUGGUGCAAGGUGGUCUACAGUGGAAAGCCAUGGGAUUCCCCGCACAGGAGGAGUUGAUUGCAUCUGUCAAAGGAUACUUUCAUAGUCUCUGCAUUGGUCUUGUUAGUGAGCUGCAUCUGGCUUAUGCCACAGUCAACAGUCAACGUGAAACAUCUGGAGAGCGCAGUACUGAAGCGGAAUAUGAUAAAACAAUGGAAGCAAUCUUGGAAGGACUGGAGUUCAUCGGAAGUUCAAUGGCGUUUACCGGAUUGGGCUCUAGCAAAUUAAUUACAGGCUGUAUGGCGGUUGGCACUGCGUAUGGAACGUAUGUGGCAAGUAAACUGGAAGCCUUGAUUGAAGAUCAACAUCCACUACUCAAUAUCCAACGUGGUAUGACCAUGGCUGUCGAUCAAGGCGCGAAGAGUCGUAAGCCUGCUCGAGUGGAUAUUGAGUUCAUGAGGCAGAUUGAGAAUAUGACAAGAAUAUUAGCGGCUAUCCAGCUCAUGCAAGAAAUUCAACACUCAAGUACAGAUUAUUUUAGCAACGAGGAACAACUGAUGGAAUUCUUCGAUCGAGACAAAGUUAGUACGGUGGAAGGUCUUAGUUCGGCUAUAAUUGAUGUGGCAAUUCGGGCUGCGUCUAUCAUUGAAAUCCACCAAAGUGGUCGUAACAAUAACCAGCGACCGAUCAAUAUCAUGAUUAGGCCUGCGCAUGGCCUUGUAUAUAUGGAAGAGUCUCUUUUUCGCUACACCAGUAAGGUGAUUGAACUUUCAGGAAGAGAAGCGCGCGACGGGUCUCGAAUUCAGACUGGAGCAAUUAGAGCAAGCGGCCGAAGAGUAGCCAAUAUCAGAUAAUUAGGGCCGAAAAGCUUGCUUGCCAAGAAAAAAAAAAGGCUCCAGUGUAAAAAUCAAAUAAGCAGCAGAAUUUAAAAAUACAAAACCUCAUUUUGUCUUUUUUUGCAUCACAGCCUCAAAUGUGGCUACUCUAUUUAAAUCUUUCUACAGCGU